CUCCUCUCCGGAUGGAUCCCGUGUGAUAAACCAUUAAACGUAAAGACCUCAUCAAAUUGCUCUCCAUUUACCAUCAACCACCUUUAUACUUGGAACAAUGAAAUUAGAAGCUCAAGCGACAGAAUCAGAUCGUACGGAUCCUGCAUCAACAAAGCCCAGCAUGUACACAACAUCUUUCGCCUUCUUCGAGGCCCUAGUCGAAGCAGGCGUCAAGAACUGCUUCGUAAAUCUUGGCUCCGACCAUCCUAGCAUUCUUGAAGCUAUGGUCAGAGGCCAGAGAGAAAUGCCAGAUAAAUUUCCAAGAAUUAUCACAUGUCCGAAUGAAAUGGUUGCAUUAUCCAUGGCAGAUGGUUAUGCGAGGUUGAGUGGAGAGGCGCAGUGUGUUAUUGUGCAUGUUGAUGUUGGCACUUCUGCUCUUGCGGCUGCUAUACAUAACGCUGCUAUGGGAAGGGCGCCGGUUUUGAUCUUUGCUGGAUUGUCGCCUUAUUCUAUUGAGGGGGAACUUCUCGGUUCAAGAACUGAGUUUAUCCAUUGGAUUCAAGACGUACCUGAUCAGAAGCAAAUUGUCUCUCAAUACUGCCGUUACGUAGGAGAGAUCAAGACUGGAAAGAACGUCAAACAAAUGGUCCGCCGCGCUCUUCAACUCGCCACAAGUCACCCCCAAGGCCCUUCAUAUCUCAUGGGCGCCCGCGAAGUAAUGGAGGAAACCAUCGAACCAUACACCGUAAAUUCCGCCUUCUGGAAACCUGUUGCACCCGCAGCCCUACCGCAAGAAGCUGUGCAAGAAAUUGCAGAAGCUUUAGUCAACGCUUCUGACCCCUUGGUCAUCGUCGGCUUCACCGGUCGGAACCACGCUGCGGUUGAACCUCUCGUGACGCUGGCGAAUACUAUCAAGGGUCUGAGAGUUCUCGAUACGGGAUGCUCGGAUAUGUGCUUCCCUGCUGAUCAUCCUGGUUGGUUGGGUAUGAAGUACGGCGUUGACUCGGCGAUUCAGAAUGCUGAUGUUUUUCUCAUUCUUGAUUGCGAUGUUCCGUGGAUUAAUAAGCUCUGCAAACCGAAGAGCAACGCGCGGAUCUUUCAUCUUGAUGUCGAUCCUUUGAAGGAGUCUAUGUUGGUGUUUUACAUCGAUGCCGAACAGCGAUAUCGUGUUGAUGCGGAAACGUCACUACGACAAAUUACGGAACAUCUUCGUGCGUCGUUAUCUCAGAAGCUUGCCACCGCUGAGUUUGAUCGUCGGGGACAAGCUCUUCAACAGUCUUAUACAGAGCGUAUCCAGGCUCUUGAUGAGAAAGCCAAGCCUCUUGACUCAGGCAAGCUCACAACCGAUUUCGUCUGCUCAACUUUACGCGCCAAGUUACCAGAGGAUACAAUCUGGGCCGUUGAGGCUAUUACAAACAUGAUCGCAGUCGCGGAUCAAAUCCGAGCUACUAUCCCAGGACAAUGGAUUCACUGUGGAGGCGGCGGUCUCGGUUGGAGUGGCGGAGGCGCACUGGGUAUCAAACUAGCCGCCGACGCAGCAGAUGCUCUCAUCCCCGGUAAACGCAAAAGAUAUGUUGUUCAGAUCGUUGGCGACGGAUCAUACAUGUUCUCCGUACCUUCAAGUGUAUACUGGAUCUCCGCCCGCUACGGCAUUCCUGUUCUGACCAUCGUGUUGAACAACCUUGGCUGGAAUGCGCCGAAGAGAUCUAUGUUGUUGGUUCAUCCUGAUGGACCUGCUUCAAAGGCGACUAAUGAGGAGUUGAAUAUUUCUUUUGCGCCAAGUCCGGAUUAUGCGGGUAUUGCGAAGGCUGCUAGCAAUGGGUUGAUCUUUGGUGCGAGGGUGGCAGAUACUUCGGAGUUUCAGACUGCGCUGAGUGGGGCUAUUGAGAGUCUGGAUAGAGGUGUCUCAGCUGUCUUGGACGUUGCGAUUUAAAACAUAAAUAGAAAACACGAAUUCAAUAUGAUUGGCACAUCUUU